AUGGAUAACCGCGGAUCCUUCUUCUUCUUCCUGCUGGUUUUCUACUUUCUCCUUAGCUCUCAGUCUCGACCUCCGUUAAUCGAUGAAGAUCGAGCACGGCAGCGUGAGCUGGACCAUGAGCGACAGGUCCUCCGACUUAUGAACGGGUCGAAAUAUGGCGACUUCGACCCGCCCGCUAAACGAUGGCUUCCGUUUGAAGGCUUGAGGAGCAACGAUAGCUAUGCCUGGGAUCUUUUUCCGCAGGUCAAAGGCUUGGCCCGUCAUCAGUUACAAUCAGCUCUCUCAAAUGCCGGGUUGAAUACUCCAGAAGGUCUAGAAGACCCCGCCUUGUCGCCUAUGCUGAAUUUGACGAAACUCCUACUUCCGGUAUAUCGUAACUCGACUGGAAUGCUUCGGGGAGACUGGGUUCGGCAAACCGAAGGGACUCAUCGCCGUGAACCUUUGAAUGUAACGGCGAUCGCUGAAGAACACGAAUACUUCACCCAUGAAUUUAGCAACAAUAUCACUGGUAAUGGGGGCACCUUUUACUUCAAUCUUGGGGAGGGAGUCGGCGAAGAGCUUCAGAUCGGCGACGGACUUGCUCGAGAGAUACAUGCGAGUUUGACAGUCGACGGCGAUGACUUCUGGGGAAGCACCUGGUACCUCUCGUUGUUUGGCAUACACUUUCCAGACACCGGAAGUAUAGUCUUGACUACUUCUAGUGAGAAAUAUGGCGGCCUUCUGUCAUUGCCACAUUUCAUGCUAUCAGGGGACACUUACGAACUGUCCCAUGAGCUUCUUAUGAAGUCGCUCUCGGACACCAUCUCAGGAAAGCAGAAUGAGUCCCCGACACUGUUUCCCUGGUCGUCCUUGGCAGGAAAAGAGCAUAUGGAAUCCCCUGCGCCUCAAUGUGAACAUAUUGUCUACUUGCAGCAACAUCCCGUCAUGAUCGGGGACUCCGUUGCCGACCGCUUGUUGCUGGAACGUAUGGAGCAAGAGCUCAGAUAUCCCAUGGGAGCGCCAAUUCCAGAUCCUCCCCUUAUGGUCAUGUCCGCCGUUGUCUUUUCCCCAGACUGCGGGUAUAUACUUCACACAAAAGGGACCCCCGACUUCCCUCCUUCUGAUUCACUCUACGUGACUGGGCCCAAGUAUGAGGAGUACAGUAAAUACGCAGCUCGUCUCAUUUUCGUGGUUUCCGGUGUCUUCGUUGCACAGAUCUCCCUGCUUUUGCGACAGAUCAAAGAAGCUUCGACUCCUUCUACCCGAAGUCGGAUCAGCUUCUAUACCAUCGCAUUGAUGGCGCUUGGCGAUGCAUUUGUUCUAUCGUUCAUUGUUUUAGAGCUGUACAUGGCAGUAUCCUUCCUGGUUCUGACUACGGCAUCAUUCCUGGCGGUCUUGUCAGUGUGUUACAUUGGAAUGAAAUUUAUGAUGGAAAUAUGGGCAGUGCAAGAACCAGAAAGGCGCGAGCAGGAUCGUCCACCCAAUACAUCGACCCCUACCCCCCGCCCUGAAUCUCUACCCUUGCCUGCCACUACUCCGGCAGUGCGAGAUUCGGGGGCUACUCCGAUUAUCCUACCACCUGACCAAGAUGCGCCUGACGAAGAGAUGGAUGAACCGCCUCCACCCACCCGGACCACUCCACCAACUGCAAGGCAAAUACGCAGUGACGUGGGAACAAUGUAUGCACGAUUUUAUCUUGCCCUGUUCAGCAUGCUCAUUCUAUCGGUCUGGGCUCUGCUUCUGCCAAGACGCCUGGGUUCUAUCUACACCCGCUUUUUGGCAGCAGUCUACCUUUCCUUCUGGAUCCCGCAGAUCUACCGCAACGUGAUGCGGAAUUGUCGCAAGGCACUUCGAUGGGACUUUGUUGCUGGUCAGAGUAUUCUCCGGCUCUUCCCGUUCUUGUACUUUCUCACUGCCCGUGGCAAUGUCUUGUACAUCCGCCCUGACUAUACGAGUGCAUUCAUCAUGACUGGAUGGGUAUGGCUCCAAGCCUGGGUUCUGGUAGGCCAGGACGUGCUUGGACCACGCUUCUUUGUGCCCCGUGGCUGGGCGCCGCACGCAUACGAUUACCAUCCCAUGUUGCGCGAUUUGUCUGGAACGGACGAGGACCUCGAAGGUGGUGGUGUUUUGUCUAUUGCUUCGUUGCGGGGCGACGAGCGAGAUCUGGUCAGUGACUCCAAGGAUGACGACAAGCAACGGAAGGACCGCAAAAAGGCCGUGUUCGACUGUGCUAUUUGCAUGCAAGAUAUCGAGGUGCCAGUUCUUCCAGCGUCCUCCGCUGCAGGAAGUAGCGUCACUGAUGGGGCAUCAAGUAUCUUGAGUCGGCGUUUGUAUAUGGUUACUCCUUGCCGACAUAUCUUCCACACUGCCUGUCUGGAAAGCUGGAUGAGGCUUCGUCUUCAGUGUCCGAUUUGCCGUGAUUCCAUCCCUCCUGUAUAG